UUUGAAAGCGGAAGCGACUCUCGGUUCCGCCGGGUUCCGCCCUCUGCUGACGUCACAGAGUCCGCCCGGUGCUUUUGGAGUUUGACGUGGCACUCGGCAUUCCGCGAACCCACCAGACGAGGCCGAUUCGAGCCCCGCUGCACAGACUGUCGGAGGCCAGUUCUUGGCAUGAGAAGAGCGUCCAAAUGAGUCAGCAGGGUUACGUUGCCACGCCGCCGUACUCCCAGGCGCAGCAGGGGCUGGGGGGCUACCAAGGCGGAUUCGGACCCGGUCCUGCGCAGCCCCACUACGGACACUACGGGGCGGGACCGCAGGCCUACGGGGGUCCUCCCGCGGCUGCAAUGAAGUCGCCGGUGUCCUCGGCUCCCGGCAUGCCUCCGCCUCCCGUGUCGGGUCCUUACAAUCCAAACAGCCAGCAGAACGGGGCUCAUCCACAAAGGUAUCCACCGUCUAGUUUCGGACAAGCCCCGCAGCCGUCGUACAACAGCAUGGCCUCUCCGGCCCCGCCUCCACCGAUGCCGCCCACCAAUCAGAUGAGCGCCAUGAAUUUGGGCAACUACGGACCAGUUCAGAACCCCCCGUCCGCGACAAGUCCCGUGGCCCAGCAGCCUUACCGGGCAGCCCCGCCUCCGGCCGGCACGCAGAUGGCCCCGCCGGCCGGCACGCAGAUGGCCCCGCCGGCCGGCACGCAGAUGGCCCCGCCGGCCAGCACGCAGAUGGCCCCGCCGGCCAGCACGUCCAUGCGCCAACCCUUCCCUGGACAGACUCUUCCUACAGGGCCCGGAGGGUUCCAUCAGCCUGGUCCUGGGCCUCUGGGUCCGCCAGGAUACCCGCAACAAGCAGGUCAGUUUAUGGGAGGCCACAUGGCAGGACCCCAGCCAGGGGGCUUCCCUGCAGGAUUGGGACCACAAGCCGGCCCCCCCCAGAAAAAACUGGAUCUGGACUCCAUCCCCAGCAUCACCCAAGUCAUCGAGGACGACCAAGCCAGACACGGUGGCCAAGUCUUCAGCACCAACAUCAGAGGACAAGUUCCACCUCUGGUCACCACCAACUUCACAGUCCAAGACCAAGGCCACGCCAGUCCCAGGUUCAUCCGUUGCACCACCUACUCCUUGCCGUGCACCGCCGACCUGGCCAAACAGUGCCAGGUGCCCCUAGCGUGCAUCAUCAAACCGUUUGCCCGUUUGCCGAAGAAUGAGACGCCGUUGUACCUGGUGAACCACGGCGAAAGCGGCCCCAUCCGCUGCAACCGAUGCAAGGCCUACAUGUGUCCCUACAUGCAGUUCCUCGACGGCGGCCGCCGCUACCAGUGCGCGUUCUGCAACUGCGUCAACGAAGUGCCCGUCUUCUACUUCCAACAUUUGGAUCACAUGGGCCGCCGGGUGGACUUCUACGAGCGGCCGGAGCUGUCGCUGGGGUCCUACGAGAUGGUCGCCACGCUGGACUACUGCAAGAACAACAAGCCUCCUAAUCCGCCCGCCUACAUCUUCAUGAUCGACGUGUCCUACAACAACAUCAAGAGCGGCCUGGUCAGGCUCAUAUGCGACGAGCUGAAGACGCUCCUGGAUAAGUUACCCGGGGAGGAGGGGGCCGAGAGCUCGGCCGUCAAGGUGGGCUUCGCCACCUACAACAAGACGCUCCACUUCUACAACGUCAAGAGCUCCCUGUCGCAGCCGCAGAUGAUGGUGGUGUCCGACGUGGCCGAGAUGUACGUGCCGCUUCCCGACGGCUUCCUCGUCGACUUCCGGGAGUCCAGGGGGCUCGUCUGCAACCUCCUGAACCAGAUCCCCGACAUGUUCACUGACACCAACGAGAGUGAAACGGUUUUUGCUCCGGUCAUCCAGGCUGCUGUGGAGGCGUUCAAGGAAGCGGAAUGCAGCGGCAAGCUCUUCAUCUUCCACUCGUCCAUGCCCACCGCCGAAGCUCCCGGCAAGCUAAAGAACAGGGACGACAAAAAGCUGGUGAACACGGACAAAGAGAAGACCCUGUUCCAGCCCGUCAAGGCCACUUACGAGCAGCUCUCCAAGGACUGCGUGGCUCAGGGCUGCAGCGUGACGCUGUUCCUGUUCCCCAACCAGUACGUGGACGUGGCCACCUUGGCCGACGUGCCGUCGCACACCGGCGGCUCCGUCUUCAAGUACAACAACUUCCAGGUGGACACGGACGGGGAGCACUUCCUGCGAGACCUGAGGAAGGAAGUCCAGAAGAGCAUCGGCUUUGACGCCAUUAUGCGUGUUCGUACCAGUACAGGCUUCCGAGCCACCGACUUCUUCGGCGCCAUCCACAUGAACACCACCACCGACGUGGAGAUGGCAGCGGUGGACUGCGACAAAGCGGUGACGGUCGAGUUGAAGCACGACGACGCGCUCAGCGAGGAGACGGGCGCGUUCAUCCAGUGCGCCUUGCUGUACACCACAGUCGGCGGGCAGCGGCGUCUGCGAGUCUUCAACCUCGGCCUCAACUGCAGCUCGCACUUGUCCGAGCUCUACAAGAGCUGCGAGACCGACUCGCUAGUCAACUUCUUUGCAAAAUCAGCCUACCGCGCCAUCCUCAACCAACCCCUGAAGAACGUGCGGGACAUCCUGGUCAACCAGACCGCGCACAUGCUGGCCUGCUACAGGAAGAACUGCGCCAGUGGCUCGGUCGCCAGCCAGCUGAUCCUGCCCGACGCCAUGAAGGUAUUCCCGGUUUACAUGAACAGCCUGAUGAAAACGGCCCCGCUGACCGGCAGCACCGAGCUGUCGACGGAUGAGCGGGCCCAUCAGAGGCUCGCGGUCAUGACCAUGUCGGCGGAGGACACCCAACUGCUGCUCUACCCGCGCCUUAUCCCGCUGCAUAACAUUGACGUCGGCAGCGAGGCCCCGCCCACUCCGGUGCGCUGCUCCGAGGAGCGGCUGGCGGACGGCGGCGUGUUCCUGCUGGAGAACGGCCACGCCUUGUUCCUCUGGUUGGGCCAGGCCAGCCCGCCGGACGUGGUCCAGAGCCUCUUUAACGUGCCCUCCCUCGCCCACCUGCAGCCCCACGCGUGUGCACUACCAGAACUGGACAACGCGCUAUCCAGGAAAGUCCGAUCCAUCGUUAACGACCUUCUGGAAAAGAGGCCUAGAUCUAUGAAGCUUCACAUCGUGAGGCAGAAGGACAAGCCCGAGAUGAUGUUCCGACAGUUCCUGGUCGAGGACAAAGGCCUGCACGGCGGGAACUCCUACAUGGACUUUCUAUGCUCCGUUCACCGGGAGAUCAGACAACUGCUCACUUAGGGAAGAAAAAACAUGGGGAUGCCCCCCCCCCCAAAAAAAAAAAAAUAAUAAUAAUCCCCACUCUACAAACUCAGUGACUUUUUACAUUCCUGGGACCAAACACAAAGUCACAUUUAACCCCACAAGUGCCAAAGUUGCCCCCCCCCCGGGGCAAACAUUCCUGCUUCCUGGUUGCCUCCAGAAAUAUGACCCCCCCCCCCCACCACCACCAACCCACGUGUGUUUUUGUCCUUAUUAUAUUCAGCGAAUUGAAGUCACUUUUAAAGCCAGUCCAAUCCAGAAUGAUGAAAAAAUGAUUUUUAAAAAAAGGGAAGUUUCAAGAAUACCUUUUUCAUUUUCUGCAAAAAUUGUCGACGUUACUAAUUCCAUAUUUUUUUUUGUACAAGAUAAUUCCAACAUUUCCUGUCUGCCUUUUAGUUUAUAUUUGACAACCUAUUUGGUUUGUAUUAAAACAUAACCUCAGGUCAUUUGAGUGAUAUUUUAUUUUUCUUUUUUAAAUUGAUAUGACUUAAAAAAAAAAGCCCCAAAAAGUGAAAACCUCACGUCAUUUGAGUGGGUUAUUUUAUCAUUUUUUUUAAAUUGAUAUGACUUAAAAAAAAAAAAAGCCCCAAAAAAGAGAAAUCACUAGAGGGCAGCAGUGCACAAAAAAUAAAACAAAUACUGUAUGAUAAACUUAGAAAGUAGAUAAUUUUUUUUGUUCAUAAGUUUAUUUUCACCUUGUGGUAUAUUUACAGAAAUGUAGAAAGGCAUCACGAUGCCAUGCCAAGAUUUGUUUUCCUUACCUUGGAGAAGAAAAAUUAAAUAAAUACAACGGACGUGCCUGCCAUAGAUAAAUAGACAUAGAUAAUGUCAUAGAUAUACAACAUUAGGAGCCAUUCGAGGGAAAUAAAGUGAAAAGUAGGUACAAUUGACACUUUACCAAAAAAAAAAAGCAUAAACGCAUAUACUGUAAUUUCCGGCCCACAAGCCGCUUUCAACCCUGCGGUUUAUGCGGUGAUGCUAACGUUAGCGCAGCGUUGGCGUUAGCGCAGGGCUAGCGUUAGCAUUAAACUCUUUCUGCGUACCGAGGCUUAUAACCAGGGGCGCGCCAUAGGCCGGGAAAUUACGAUAAAACAAAGUGCUUGAAAAUGAAAAUUAUUGGUUACUAUCAUCUAUAAGCUGCUCUGAAAAUGGAUGUUCAAGACAUAAAUUUAAUGUAAACCGUGUACUUGUGCGUACACGUCUGGUCUACACUACUGUUAAUUACACACUAUUAAGAUUCGGGAUUCUCAAAGUGUGGUACGUGGGCUCCCCCCGGUGCACAGGUGUCAAACUUCAGGCCUGCGGGGCCCGAUCUGGCCCCGCCGCUUUAUUUUAUGUUGCCCGCGUAGAAUCCAGGGUGUCAUUUUUCACGAUUCUUGCCAAAUCUGUACCAAAAUUUUAAAAUGUCAUGAUCAUCAACGACGACGACGACGAGAUAGAAGCAGUUUUUUGGUUUACCAAUGAAAUAUUUUGAUUGUUUCACAAACGCAACGGCCCGAAGAGGGGAAGCCGGAACCAGAAUGUGGCCCGCGAGAAAAACGGAGUUCGACACCCUUGCACUAGUGGGACAUGAAUGAAUUUCUCUAGUUGCUAAGCUAAGUACAGUUCAGUUGUAUUUAACAUUGAAAUACAUUUUUUUUUAAACGUUCCUAUAUU